UGCAACGCAUUUACACUGUUGCUCCUCCAGCCCUGGGCUAACUUUUAUAGCCGUUUUACGUCUUCGGCCGGAGGGAAAGCGACCCCCCAGCAUCGCCGGUGCCGUCGUAGCUCUUCGCUACAUCAGUCCAGUCGGGGAAAUUGAAGCUGGAAGGCGGAAAAAUGCUCGGUGCUGUCUGGACUCGUCACACAACUGACUGAUGCAUCCUCGUUCAGUUCAGCCCCCCGCAUGUUGUCGAUGUUGUAGGCCUGGCUGUACAUGGUGGCUUGUUGAGGAGAAGGGAAGGAGUCCCAGAGGCUUUUGGUUGGUGGGCGCCGUCCGUGGUUGCCACGGUAACUGGCGACCAUGCCAGGAGGUCGCAGGGGUCCCAGCAGACAGCAGCUAAGUCGCUCCGCUCUGCCGUCCCUGCAGACUCUGGUUGGAGGCAACCUCGGCAAUGGUACUGGCCUCAGGAACAGGAGCAGUAACUCGGUGGGUUUGUCUGCCCCGCCUCUGUCAGCCCUCAUUACUCCGGAGCCGGUUCGUCACUCAAGGAUCCCAGAGCUGCCGUUGGACAGCAGCCUGCUGUUUGAGUUCCUCCUCUUUCUUUAUUUGCUGGUGGCCUUGUUUGUCCAGUACAUCAACAUCUACAGGACGGUCUGGUGGUACCCAUACAGCCACCCCGCUGCCUCUACCUCGCUAAACUUCCAUCUAAUGGACUACCACCUGGCUAUCUUCAUCACAGUCAUGUUGGCCAGGAGGCUUGUUUGGACAAUUGUUUCAGAGGUGUCUCAGAGCAGCGGGGGAUCUUUGUUCCGCUACGUGGUCCUCAUUGCAGCACGGCUCAGCCUGCUGACCAUGUGUGGCUGGGUGCUCUGCUGGACGCUGGUUAACCUCUGCAAAAACCACUCUGUGCUCAACCUCCUCUUCCUGGGAUACCCAUUUGGUGUGUACGUCCCGCUGUGCUGUUUCCAUCAGGAGGGAGGGAAAAGUCAAACUGCACCGGCCGACUGCGAUUACCCAGCCGACCACCAGCAGACCGACCUAACAGAGACCCCGUUCUUUCGCCCACGUGACUUCCUCUUCCUGUUACGGGAGAACCUCAGAGAGCAGUUUUCCAGCCCCCCACACAUGCCUACUCACACCUGCCCACCACACACACACUCGCACACACCAGAACUGAUUCGGGCCGAGGUGGAGGAGCUAAAGAGCGACUUCAACCGGCGAAUAAAGGAAGUGCUGUUCAACUCGCUGUUCAGUGCAUACUACGUAGCCUUCCUGCCUCUCUGCUUUGUCAAGAGCACUCAAUACUAUGACAUGCGCUGGUCAUGUGAGCACCUCAUCAUGGUGUGGAUCAAUGCAUUUGUGAUGCUCAUGAGCCAGCUGCUGCCUCCCAGCUACUGCGACUUGCUUCAUCGGUCGGCGGCUCACCUGGGCCGCUGGCAGAAACUGGAGCAUGGCUCAUACAGCAACGCACCUCAGCAUGUGUGGUCAGAAAGUACCAUUUGGCCUCAGGGGGUGCUGGUACGACACAGUCGAUGUCUAUAUAAGGCAGUCGGACCCUAUAAUGUCGCUCUGCCCUCUGAUGUCUCCCAUGCAAGGUUUUAUUUCCUGUUCCACAAGCCAUUGCGGAUCCUCAACCUGCUGAUCUGGAUUGAGUCCAGUGUGGUUUUGUACCAGUUAUACUCUCUGUUGCGCUCUGAGCGCUGGAACCACACACUGUCUCUGGGCCUUAUUCUCUUCUGCAACUACUAUGUCCUUUUUAAACUACUCCGAGACCGCAUUGUACUGGGCAAAGCCUAUUCCUAUCCUCUGCCCUCCAACAGUUUGGGGCUGAAGUCGCAGUAAAGGCUCGGCACAGCGAGACCUCAAAUACAAACUCUGGAUGUGGAGAGGAGAUGGCUGGAGGUCUGGUAAUGUGGAAGACACUCGGAGGUUAAGGGACAGACUGUGAACUCAUAAUUGUGUUUUGAUACGGUUCUAUUUUUAAUGCAAUGUUUAUAUUUACCUAUUUAAAAGAAUAUUUUUAUUUUGUAUACUAUUUCGAGUUACACCGGGCAUUACCACGCUGACGACAUUAGCAUUUUGUGUUAUGUUAUUGCUAGGCGUCAGGGAAGUCGGGGAAUGCCAGGAGGUGACUUUCACCAAAGAUAUUUUAAGUGCAGGAGGCCAAUCACAGAGUGGACUUGGCCUCUGACAGUUAGACCAGAUGAGCAAUUCAGAGGAGAGGAUGGAGUCGUGCCUGAGAUCCUGAAUUCUGAUUGUCCCAUAUUCUACUUUGCCUUGAAUCUUAAAUCUGGAACCAAUCGCUGUUUGGGGUUGCAGGAUGAUUUGAUAAUUUCAGCAUUGGUGCAGCAAUUAAUGCUAACUGUCCCUUCUGUUAAAGAAAUAGGUUGUCAUUUCGUAAAAUGUGCUUAUCUUCUUUUGGGCAGUGAUGAGGGGAUCAGUGCCACUCAUUUCUCAAUCUUAGAUUAAAGACCACAAACGGUUAGCCUUGAAAAAUCUACUGACCAGCACCUCGAAAGCUCACUGAUUAACAUGUUGUAUUUUCAAAUUGUAAAAACAACAAUUAUUUGACCAAUCGGCAGAGGAUAACAAAGAAACAGUCCUGCACAUAACCCAUCAUAAAACACCAAAUUGUCAUUUCUGCUUUUUAGUUUUUUAACAGCAAGAUAUAUCACAUUAACGAAUUAGACUUAGAGGUCCUUGUCAGUGGAUUUUGUGACUGUUUGCUUAAACAGAUUUGACCAGGGUCGCGCUAGCUUUUUCCCUGUUUCCUCCCUUAAGCUAAGCUAACAGCUGGUUGUACACAAAAAGUUGAGGGAAUUACUCACAUUUACGAUCUAUUCCUUUAAGCAGUCUCAGUAUGAUUUUUUGAUUUUUUUUUUUCCACCAACCAGGGAGGUGAAACUUUGCAACAGACUGACCUGAAAUUACUCUGUAGGAAAAAAACACAUAAGGUUCUCCUGUCUUCUGCUAAUGCAGAGACUGCCGUUUUCUUCUUACUCACCUUAUUCAUGUCUUUUACUAUCAGUGUCUGCUUGGUUUACAUCAUUGGCUAUCUGAAGAAGCAGACACUAUUGGAUUCCUUAAACUCAAAUCACACCCAAAAAUGUAAAAAUCUUAGACUAUAUGUAAAGAUGGAAGUAUCCUCUGAGGCUGAAAAGUGACUUACACAAAUGGCCAGCAGGGGGCAGGUCUGUUUGUAUGUUAGUCUAUUAGAAAAUGUUGCCACAUCUUUCUUGAUUUAUUACCUCAGUAAAUAUGUGAGUGUUGUUCAAUACAUGGUGUUCAUUCGAAGUUAUGGAAAACUUUUAUAAUAAAAUGGAGGAUAAAGCAGGGUGUGCUUGAGAGCAUGGCUACCUUGCGUUCGACAAGUCGCUGCUGUAUGGAUGUGAGUAGUAUCCUUGAGUUCUCAGUCAGAUCCACCAUUUGCUCAUCAUCAGGUUUUAGAACAUGAAAAUGGCAACAGCCAAAUUCGAAACUUGAGGCUUCAAAACGACAGUCCAUAAAGCAAUGAGUGAUGUUGUGACGGAUAUGUACAUCUUUCAUAUACAGUCGAGGUAAAAAUUAAGCCUUGCUGGUCCUGGUUGUAGUUACUUAAAAAGUAAAAUUUGAAUAACUGCUGCUGUAAGCAGAUGGUGAAUAAAGUCGAAAGUUAUUUUGACAUGCUGAAAUCUUCCUGCUAUAAUAUAGCGAAAAACGUUGUGCUUUUAAAGUUCUUCCAGUCAGUUUUUAUUCAACCUUUUUUUUUUAUUACCAGGUUGUCAGAUACUGCUGCUUUGCUGCUGGCAUCUGAGAGAUACACAGAUCCUCUCCUUUGGUGUCAGUGUCACCUGCAUCAAUAUUUGAUUCCAAUAUGUGUUUCUUUUUUCCAGUUUAAAAGAGCCUCAUAAGGAGACUGUAUAAGUCACAGAACUUGCACCAAGGAAGCGGAAGUUUGUGUCCUGUGUCAGACUAUUAUUUUUCACUUCGAUCAAAUAGCUAACUGUCAUCACUCACUGUUUACUUUGUAGGAGCAAACACCAAGGAACCCAUUGUGGCUAUUUCAUCUGUUGACAGAUCUUUAUAGGCCUGACAACCCUGUGCGUUAAAAAAAAAUAGCCCUAAACUAUACCCAGUGCAUUUAAACGUACAAAGCAGCAGUAUGUGACAAGCUUGGACUUCGGUUGGGCUAAAUUUUUUUUUAACCCUGAAUGUUUAAACCAUACUGAGAUUUAGGACUAUGUCACAUCAGGUUUAUGUCUUUGUGGCCUGGAUGCAGAUAACAAAACGAAUGUGGCUAAAGUUCCCUGCUGGUACAUCCCAGGACCUAACCCUUGUUCCAGUGCAAAUGUUGUCAUCACGCUCUCAUAUGGAUGUGACAGCAGAGGAUGUUUAGCAGUGACAUGUUCACGGGUGAUGAAUGCAAAAUCAAACGGUGGUGACAGCUGGAGGGAAAAGACUGCAUGUGUCACCUCAUUACCGGUUCAUGUAUUCUCAGUUACCAAAAUGGUGUUAAAAGCAGGUUGCCUUGCAUGCUGUUGCCUUUCUGUUCAGUCACCCUUGGUGAACAUCUUCACCCUUCAGUGGUUUUGUCUUCAUCAGCCUCCUCUCUACCAAAUCCACAGAAAACUUCAGGCAGUGUUAAGGAUUAGUGUCAGGGCCUGAUUAACUGUCCUGAUUUCAGACAGAAAUCCAUAAAACAUGAACAGAGGGCUUGUUUUAUCUGAGAAAAUCUGAGAGUCAAUAUUUCCUUUUGCUGUCGUGACUUUCACAUUAACUGCUUCAGUCAAGUUUUGAGUUGUGUUCAUGAGAGAGAAGAAACCGAUGAGUUCAUUUGGACAAGUCUGAGGAGGCUUUGAUUAAACUCAAAUGCCAGACACGUGCCGCUUUGUCUGCAAACUUAAUCCUCAAGUCAGUUCUUUGGUGCUUAUGUUGUGUUUUCAGUCAUUUUCCACUUGAAUGUAGCAAAUUUUGAAUUGUGUUGUUAACUUGAGGUGACAUGUUUUUGUAGUUAAUAGCACUGGCCUACAAUUGGAUACCAUCACUGGAAUAUCAGUUUUGAAUGGUUGUAGUGUUACAUUAACUUUGACUCUUGAGACCUUAUCUCAGUAACACAGGAAUGAGACAAUUUAAGGUUUGCUUUAAAUCCUGCUUCUAUGUCUGUUCUUACUUGAAUGAUAAGUCUUUGCUCCAAUAAAACAUUCACUCUGCUUCA